CCCGCGCCCCGGGAAGGGGGCUCCCCGCGCCCAGCACAGCUGAGCGCCGCCGCCGCCCGCAGCAGAUCACAAUCAAAAUUCUGAAGGUCAUAAGCUUGCUAAUGGUGGUGGUGAGCCAUGGCGACAGAUGAUAAAGUUGCCAUCUUAACUGACGAUGAAGAAGAGCAGAAGAGAAAAUACGUGCUUGCUGAUCCCUUUAACGGUAUUUCCAGGGAACCAGAACCACCUUCAAAUGAAACACCCUCCUCCUCAGAAACACCUGCUAUCCCUGAGGAGGAACUAGAUUGGAUAGAGAAACACUGUGUUAAAAUAAACAACGAUCUUCUAAUUUCCAAGGUCUUUUAUUUUUUCUUUUACUCUGCAUAUGGCUCUCUUUACCCACUUUUGCCUGUGUAUUAUAAACAGCUGGGAAUGUCGCCCAGCCAGAGCGGCCUGCUGGUAGGCAUUAGAUACUUCAUAGAGUUCUGCAGCGCUCCCUUUUGGGGUGUAGUUGCAGAUCGCUUUAAAAAAGGCAAAAUUGUCCUCCUCUUUUCUCUUUUGUGUUGGGUUUUAUUCAACUUGGGCAUCGGAUUUGUCAAACCUGCUACCUUGAGAUGUGUACCAAAGAUUCCCCCAACAGCUCACCCCACUAAUUCAAGUCACCUGCUAACCACCCUGCCAACCAAUUCUUCUGUUAUAUCUUCUCUUACCACACUUGGCUCCACAUCACCAAAAAUGCGUGAGAAAAGGAGCCUGCUUCCUUCCUCUAGCCCAGUGAUGUUGGAAACAGGGCCCAAUGUCUCAGAAACUGUUCUCUUAUCAACAGCUCCAAACAAGAUCAUCGCACCCACUCUGCAGCCUCACACAGAUGAAAUUACUGACCAUAUUAUGGACUUGACCUUGAUUCCAAGCACAGCAACCCCCACCCCACCAGGAAAUGUAAUCAGGGAGACAACCACCUCUACUGUCACUACCCCCAAAUCUUUACCUUCUGACCAGGUCAUUCUUGUUUAUGAUCAACAAGAAGUUGAAGCUAUAUUCUUGGUAAUCUUGGUAGUUGUCAUAAUAGGGGAAUUUUUCAGUGCCUCUUCUGUCACUAUUGUGGAUACAGUAACACUUCAGUAUCUGGGAAAGCACAGAGACCGCUACGGAUUGCAGCGCAUGUGGGGCUCCCUGGGCUGGGGCCUGGCCAUGCUGUCUGUCGGCAUCGGGAUCGACUACACCCACAUGGAGGUGCUCAUCGAUGGAAAGGGGUGUAAGCCCCCCGAGUACCGGAACUACCAGAUCGUCUUCAUCGUCUUCGGAGUUCUCAUGACCAUGGCUUUGAUCGUCGCUACUCAGUUCCGGUUCCGCUACAACCACUUCAAAAACAAUGAUAACAAAGGGAAGGAGGUGGAGAUCCCUCAGGUGGAGAGAAACAACUCCACAGAGUCCUCUGAGGAGACACCAACCACCACAAACUACUCACAAGCCUUCAACUUUUGGGACUUAAUCAAACUGCUCUGCAGCGUGCAGUAUGGUUCCGUGUUGUUCGUGGCUUGGUUUAUGGGUUUUGGAUAUGGUUUCGUGUUCACCUUUCUCUACUGGCAUUUGGAAGACCUGAAUGGGACCACAACCCUCUUUGGGGUCUGUUCGGUCCUGAGUCAUGUGUCUGAGCUGACAGCUUAUUUUUUCAGUCACAAGCUUAUUGAACUGAUCGGCCACAUCAGGGUGCUGUACAUUGGCCUGGCUUGCAACACUGCUCGCUAUAUUUAUAUUUCCUACUUGGAAAAUGCCUGGACUGUUCUCCCCAUGGAAGUUCUUCAAGGAGUGACUCACGCGGCCAUCUGGGCGGCAUGCAUUUCUUACCUCAGUGCAGCGGUCCCCCCUGAGCUGAGGACAUCUGCUCAGGGCAUCCUGCAGGGCCUUCACCUGGGUUUGGGGCGAGGCUGUGGUGCCAUGAUCGGAGGCGUGUUAGUCAAUUAUUUUGGGGCUGCUGCAACCUUCCGAGGAAUCGGCAUGGCCUGCCUGGUGAUCCUCCUGCUCUUUGCCCUGAUCCAGUGGCUGGCAGUGCCACAUGAGGAAGAAGACAAGACAAUGUUGGCAGAAAGGAUUCCUGUGCCCUCAAGCCCUGUUCCCAUUGCAACCAUCGACUUGGUACAGCAGCAGACAGAAGAUGUCAUGCCACGCAUUGAGCCCCGACUUCCGCCCAAGAAAACCAAGCACCAGGAAGAACAGGAAGAUGUGAACAAACCAGCCUGGGGAGUCAGCUCUUCUCCCUGGGUGACCUUUGUCUAUGCGCUGUACCAGAUUAAAGAGAUGAUGCAACUAACGAGAGAAAACCGUGCUUCAGAGAUUCAGCCUUUACAGGGGGCCAGUGAGAAUCGAGAAAAUCCUCCAGUUGGUGGAGCCCAGCCUGUCCCACCUGAGACUCACUCGGACUCACCUAAAGGUCGGCCAGCCCCUAAAGCAGCAGCAUCCCACAACCAGGCCAGCCCCGCUCACCCUCAUGUGCAUCAGCGCAUGGAGGAGAGCCAGGCCCAGCAGGCCUUGCCUGACCCCGGAGGACACUGAGGGAUCCUGCUUGUCAAACUCCCUGCAUGGAAUUGGGCUCCUCCGCCAGGACACAGGGGGUGAGGCACCCCAAAGCCAGGACACACCUCACCUCGAGGAUCACAGCACCGCAUAAGCUUCUAAAUAUCUAAACUCAUUAACAUAGAACACACACACACGCAGGAGCUACAGUACAUAUUGGCAGGAAUAGGUAAACUUUCCUAAUCCCACUGGAGUUUCAGAAGGGAAAUGGGGUUCAACGAGGACUUUCAGUUUUUGUUGGUUAGGUUAAAGUGCUACAAGAUUUCUCUGCCAGUGCAGUUAAGAGUUGGAACCAGCAGUUACACUGAGUGGAGGGAAACUGUUCCAAAGUGAAUGUUGAUACAAUUUCCCUUUUCUGAUUACUUACUUGAAUUACUUGAUUCUUAAAUCAAACUGGGAAGAAACAGAAUGCAUCUAUAAUUUUGUUUCUCUUGAGAAUCAUUUAAAAAAUUAUAAAACAUUUAAAAAGUAACCAGAUAAAAAUUAGUAGCAUAUAUGCUUUUGUUUAAAAAAAAGAGAAAGUUUCAUGAGGAACUUUGCGUAUCGCUAGCAAGUAUAUUUUUGUAUGUCUAUGGUGUAUAAGGAAAAUAGUUGAUUCUUUGAGCAGCAUAGCUGUUAUUGACUACUGCAAGCUAAGCUGAAUUCUAAAAAAAAGAAAAAAGAAAAAGGGCUUUAAGAAGGACCAGAAAUUAGGGAGUAUUUCAAAUUAACCAACUCAGUAUAUCUUGUGGCUUGUUAGACAAGAGUUUACUAAAUAUACUGAUACUGUAAAGAGCCUCUGUCACUAUUUACACCAUUUUAUAUAGUGAUUUGGGCUCUGUUUAGCUGGUGGAAUAAAACAACAACAAAAAUCACUGUAUUCCUAAGGGUGUCUUUAAUUAAGCAGCACUAUUUACAAAUAACAGUAUAAGAUUUAAGUGCCUGGGGAAGAGAUACAAUUUUUAAAAAAUUACACACUGGAUCACUUUUUGUUUUGUUUUUGAUGAGGGGAAAGGGCGGUGAAUGGGAUAUCAGGAAUUGGAAGGAAGAACAUAAGAACUAUUAUUUCUAACUACUAAAGAAACAAAUCUCAGUGCAUUCUUUCCCACAAAGGUGUAGUCAGACACUGGACAGUUCAGAUAUGGGUAUGCAAAUGUAAAUAUUACAGCUACAGUCAGAACAAUGGCUGGGUGAAUCACGCAUAAAGCUUGCUGCUAAAAAUGAAAGCUGAGGUUAAUAGGAAGCCUUGGUGGGGGGGGGGGAGCUGUGGAAAAGGGAACAGUACUCUAGCUGAAGGUCAAUUAUGGUGCAUAUCAGAGCUGUGGAUAGGCACAGGUGAGAGUAAAGAAAAGAACAGCAUUGAAAAUGAGCCACUCAUCUUACUCUCUGACCCUGAUUAGUUAGGAUCAGUUGUAAAGUGAGGGCCCCUCCAUGACACCAUAGUUCUGCCCAGUACUGCAUCUGGGAGAAGGAAGUUCUAUAUUUGGAUGUCCAGCUUCACAAAACACAGCUUAAAAAUAAAAUAGCUGAAAGAAAUAGAAUUAAGCAAAUAGUUAUUUUUGCACUUGAACUGAAACGUACUGUACUGUAUAUUAUCAUGACUCAUUUUAAGUGACCUUUAAAAUCAGAUGUAUUUAUUAUGCUUAUGUAAUUUCAGAAAUAAAGAAAUGGGUGACAAGCUGAACCUCACUAUGAAUGUAUAGUAGUGGAUUUGUGAAACCGAUUGUAGGAAGUCAAAAACUUAUACUGUAUCUUGUGUUUACAGUUCUGAUUUAUUCUUUUGAAAAGCCUGCUGUUUUGGAAAUGUACUGUUGAUAUGCUGAAAUAAAUAUAAAUACCAUUUUUAAAUAUUUCUUAAUGAUAAAAGAUGUGACCAAACAAAAAGUUCUUUCCUCUAUAAUGAAUGAGACCAAAUUCAACAGGCCUUUGUAAUGAAAUGUUUACUGUGAGAGCUUAAUACUGCAGUAAUCUCCAGUCUUUUUGGAGCUGACGUGCUCCUAGGUUUGUGGACUUUGUGACAUUUUCUUCCUGUUCUCAAAAUGCCAUAUGUCAUUCUAAAAAAAAAUUAAAGUGAAUUCAAAUUAAA